CCACCACCACCACCGGCACCACGAGUGAGUAGUGACGAGCCCCCGCCGCGCGCGGCAGCGGAGAAUGACGGCCGUGGCUGCGCUCAAGCGCGCCGCGGCGGCGGCGGCCGGAGACCGAUCCCCGUCGUCCUCCCCGCCGCAGGCGGCGUCCGCGGGGCCGCCGCCCGCGCCGCCGGAGCUGGCCAUGGUGGCGUGCGCCGUGCAGCGGCUCGUGGCGCGGAACGACGCGGUGGCGGCGCCGGACGGAGGAGGGAUGAGGGCGUUCCAGGCGCCCCGGGGCGCGCCGGCGCCGCGCAUCGGCGUGGCCGACUACCUGGAGCGCAUGCACCGCUACGCCGGGCUCGACCCCGAGUGCUACGUCGUCGCGUACGCCUACGUCGACAUGGCCGCGCACCGCCGGCCCGCCGCCGCCGUCGCGUCCAGGAACGUCCACCGCCUGCUCCUCUCCUGCCUCCUCGUCGCCUCCAAGGUCCUUGACGACUUCCACCACAGCAACGCCUUCUUCGCGCGCGUGGGCGGCGUGAGCAACGCGGAGAUGAACAAGCUGGAGCUGGAGCUCCUGGGCGUGCUGGACUUCCCCGUCGCGGUCGACCACCGCACCUACGACAGGUACCGCGAGCACCUGGAGAAGGAGAUGCGCAGGGACCACCACGCCGGCCGCCUCUGCCUGCCCGGCGCGCUGCCCAAGCCGACGUGGGCGGCCGCCGCGCCCACCGCCAUCAAGCCCCUGCCGCCGCUGGCGGAGGAGGACCCGGCCGAGAUUGCCGACGGCGACGGCGAGGAGCACGGCCGGAAGCCGCCGCCGAACAGCGUUCGUGCCGCCGGCGAAGGGCACGGCCGGAAGCUGCCGAACGGCGUGGCGCCCGGGGCCAAGACCCUUCGGGACCUGUGCGCCUUGGAUUACUACUAGUAGUAGCAGCUGCAAAUUCAGAGCGUGUUAUCAGUCGAACGUUUGUGUAUAGAUCUGCAGAAUUGUUACGGAUGAUCGGACGUGCCAAUGCCAUACAUGUACGGUUCUGUGAGUUA